AUGCCCGGCAGAACAACCUCGGAAGACGUCCCCAUGGACGAGGCGCCUACGUCUCACCAGCCCGAGGAGGAGGAGGAGGAGGCCGAGGCCCAGGAGGAGUCGCCUGAGCAGGAGGAGGAAGAGGAAGAGGAGGAACCCCAGCGCGUCAAGAUUCUGCCCGGCUCAACAGACACGGCCGCCUCAUUCGAGUUCAUCGAUGAGGGUCAUACGCUCGGCAACGCGCUGAGAUACAUCAUCAUGAAGAAGUGUGUCACCCCCUUCUUCACAUUCCGCUUCGGCGGCCCAGCCCGCGGGGUCUGCUCACAACAUGUCACUAACACUACGCCCAGCCCCGACGUCGAGUUCUGCGCCUAUGCCAUUCCCCACCCCUCCGAGCCCAAGAUGAACAUUAGAAUCCAGACCUACGACGGCACCGCCGUCGCGGCUCUGCAAAAGGGCCUCAAGGACCUGCAGGCCCUCAGCGACACCGUCGCCGAGGAGUUCAUUCGCGCCAAGGAGGAGUUUGGCCGCUCAUAG